UCUUUUUCCUGCGAAGUCUCAAGCAAUUAGUUUAGUCAGUAAGGAGAGGUCGUACUCAGUGGGUCUGUGUUCUUCAAAUGACAAACUCAAAGCAUCCAUUGCUCCUACUUUGAUCCGUGGGACUCCCUGCGCUCUUUUGGACUGUUUUUAAAACAUGGGAUUUGAGCUGGAUCGUUUUAAAGGGGCUGUGGACCCAGACUUCAAAUGCAACUUGUGUAAUAAAGUUUUGGAAGAUCCGCUCACAACCCCGUGUGGUCACGUCUUUUGCGCUGGCUGUGUGCUGCCGUGGGUCGUUCAGCAAAGCAGCUGCCCAGUCAAGUGCCAAAGGAUCUCCACUAAAGAGUUGAACCACGUCCUUCCCCUGAAAAACCUGAUUCUGAAGUUGGACAUAAAGUGUGACAAUCAUGGGAGAGGCUGUGAGAAAGUGGUGAAGCUGCAGCAUCUUGCGGAACAUGCCGAGAUGUGUGACUACUCUCCGGCUAAAUGCAGAAACAAGGGAUGCAACGAGGUGCUGAACCUGAAGGAUAUGGAUGCCCAUAUGCGCGAAACGUGUGACUACAGAGCAGUUGGGAUAUGCGAAAAUGGAUGUGGUUUGAUGCUCACCCACAGAGAGCAAAAACUCAACAACCAUUGCUGUUUGAAAGCCCUGAAAGCGCAUAAUAGCGCGUUGCAUGGAAAAGUGGUCAGCCUCGACAAGGAGUUUAAAAAGCAGUCUCUGAAGUCGAACAAACGGGAGAAGUCACUUCUCGCUCAACUCUCUGCCGUCCACAACGAGCUACAAAUGACAGCGCUGAAAUACCAAAAGAAAUUUACUGAGUACAGUGCAAGGAUUGACUCGCUCAGCAAGACCCUGGCUCCACCAUGCAAGGGUGGAGAAUCCAAAAGUGUCACAAUGGUGCUUCAUCGGGAGUCUGGAUCGCUUGGGUUCAACAUCGUAGGAGGAAGGCCAUGUGUGGAAAAUGAGACUGCGACAUCAAAUGAAGGCAUCUUUGUGUCCAAGAUAAUCGAGAAUGGACCAGCAGACAAAGACGGAGGACUUCAGAUCCACGACCGCAUUAUGGAGGUCAAUGGUAAGGACCUCUCCAAGGCCACGCAUGAGCAGGCGGUGGAGGCCUUCCGCAACGCCAAAGACCCCAUCAUGGUGCAGGUGCUGCGGCGCGCCCCGCGGCCCAAGCCGGCCGGCCCCGCCGGGGACACGCAGGUGCUGGACAUGGGCACGCAGACGGACAUCACCUUCCAGCACAUCAUGGCCCUCAGCAAGCUGCCCGCCGCCAGCCCACCCGACGCCGUGCUGGAGCAGUACCUGCUGCCCGAGGAACACUCUCCUGCACAUGAGUACUUUGACCCCGCGGACUUCCUGGAAGGCAUGCAGCAGGAGAUGGAGCGCGAAGAGCUGGAAUAUGAGGAAGUGGAUUUAUACCGAUCGAACAUGCAGGAAAAGCUGGGGCUGACCGUGUGCUACAGAACCGACGACGAAGACGAGACCGGGAUCUACGUCAGCGAAAUUGAUCCAAACAGCAUUGCAGCGAGGGAUGGACGAAUCAGAGAAGGUGAUCGGAUCAUUCAGAUCAAUGGCAUAGAGAUCCAGAACCGGGAGGACGCGGUAGCCCUGCUCACCAGCGAGGAGAACCAGAAUGUCUGUCUGCUCGUGGCUCGACCCGAGAUCCAGCUGGAUGAGGGCUGGAUGGAUGACGACAGGAACGACUUCCUGGACGACCUGCACCUCGACAUGCUGGAGCAGCAGCACCACCAGGCCAUGCAGUUCACUGCCAGCAUGCUCCAGCAGAAAAAGCAUGAGGAGGACGGCGGCACGACCGACACGGCCACGCUGCUCUCACAGCGGCACGAGAAGGACAGCGGUGUGGGCCGCACGGACGAGAGCACACGCAACGACGAGAGCUCGGAGCAGGAGAACCUGGGCGACGAGCAGGCCACCGGCACCUUCCUGGGCACCACGCUGGGCAGCCGGCGGCGGCUGGCCUACAGCCAGGACACGCUGGGCAGCGGCGACCUGCCCUUCAGCAGCGAGUCGCUCAUCAGCGAGUCCGACUUCCUGGGCAUCCCUGCGGACGAAUGUGAGCGCUUCCGUGAACUCCUGGAGCUCAAGUGCCAGGUGCGCAGCGCGGCCGGCAGUGGCGCCCUCUACUGCCCUGGAAUGGCAGCGGCGGCGGCGGCGGCAGCAGGUGGAGGAGGUUUAGGAGGAGGUGGAGAGGAGGGAGUGGACAAGGAGCUGGAGCUGCUGAACGAGGAGCUGCGCACCAUCGAGCUGGAGUGCCUGAGCAUCGUGCGGGCGCACAAGAUGCAGCAGCUGCGGGAGCAGUACCGCGAGUCCUGGAUGCUGCACAACAGCGGCUUCCGCAACUACAACACCAGUGUGGACGCGCCGCACCGCCACGAGCUGGCCGACAUCACCGAGCUGCCCGAGAAGUCAGACAAAGACAGCUCGAGCGCCUACAACACGGGCGAGAGCUGCCGCAGCACGCCGCUCACGCUCGAGCUCUCCCCGGACAACUCGCUCCGCCGUGCCAACGAGAGCCUGCCCGAGGGCGUCACGGCGAACCCCAGCGGGAGGGUCCUCAAGCCCCUGCUGUCACCCGUCCAGGAGGUCUGUGGAGGUCCCAGCCGAGGGCGAGCCACGUCCUCCUCGUCCUCGUCGUCCUCCAAGGAGCCGGAGAACGGGACUCAAGCCGAGGGUCAGCAGCAGCAGCAGCAGCAGCGAAAGGGGGACGCCCCCGCCGGGGGCAAGGGGGGCCGCUCGCCCUACAAGCACGCCCACAUCCCAGCCCACGCACAGCACUACCAGAGCUACAUGCAGCUCAUCCAGCAGAAGUCGGCCGUGGAGUACGCCCAGAGCCAAAUGAGCCUCGUCAGCAUGUGCCCGCUCGCCCCGUCUUCAGGCAGGGCCGCGACCGGCGACGGCCCCAACGGCAGCUCGGAGCUGGGUCCCAAGAUGGAGUGGAAGGUGAAGAUCCGCAGCGACGGCACGCGCUACAUCACCAAGCGCCCGGUGCGCGACCGCCUGCUGAAGGAGCGCGCGCUGCGCAUCCGCGAGGAGCGCAGCGGCAUGACCACGGACGACGACGCCGCCAGCGAGCUCAAGAUGGGCCGCUACUGGAGCAAGGAGGAGCGCAAGCAGCACGCCGUGCGGUCCCGCGAGCAGCGGCAGCGCCGCGAGUUCAUGAAGCAGAGCCGCAUGGACAGCCUCAAGGAGCAGGGCGGCGAAACCGGCGCCGGCGGGACGGGCGCCGACGAGCCGCGCAAAGAGCUCAACAUCAUCGAACUGAGCCACAAGAAGAUGACGAAGAAGCGCAACAAGAAAAUCUUCGACAACUGGAUGACCAUCCAGGAGCUGCUGACACACGGCACGCGUGAGCCCGACGGCUCGCGCGUCUACAACUCCCUGCUCUCGGUCACUACCGUCUAGACCAGGAGCAGGUAGGGCCCUCACCGGCCCAAUGAGCUGUACAUAAGACACUACCGAUUGGGGUAGAGAUUCCUGCCUCGUUCAAUGUGGCAACAUUUGUAAAUAUGACACUAAAAAGAGAGAGAGAGAAGGAGAGAACGUGAGAGAGAAAUGGAGAGAAAGAGAGAGAUGGCAAAGUCAUGUCUGAUAGGAACUGUACUGAGAGUGUGUAUCUGUGUGUGAGUGUGUGUGUCUGAGAGUGUGUCUGAGUGUGUGUGUGUGUGUCUGAGUGUGUGUGUCUGAGAGUGUGUGUCUGAGAGUGUGUGUCUGAGUGUGUGUGUCUGAGUGCGUGUGUCUGAGAGUGUGUGUCAAUAGGUGCCCCAGAGGUGGACUUGGGAUGGGGGAAUUUAUUAAAAGUAAAAAAAAAAAAAAAACACUUUUCUCAAACGCUCUCUAUAACUUUCUUCCUUUUUGUGCUUGCUGUUUUACACAAUGAAAAUGCAUUUUCAUAAAUUGAACUUUGUGAUGAUAUUUGGGUUUUAAAGGCUUUGGAACUCUUAAAAGACUGUGUGCCGUAAGAAAAGAACUGCCAACAUUUAGCAUUUGUUGUCUGUUUUUUUUUUUUUUUUU